UAAAAUAAACACUUGUGUAUUUUGUACGUUUUCCUUCCAAAAGCCUGAAAGAAAACAUGUUAUAUAAUCAAAAUAGCACAAAAUCUCAAAAUUGACCAGUACUUGAAAAACUAUGUUUUUGCCUGCCGUGUCUCGCCUUAAUCAUUUCAUAAAUACUACCUCAAUAAUUAGUAUAACAUAUUUAAAAAUAUGCAAAUAUGCACUGUCAAACUGUACUGUGCAAUCCCACUAAUAAAAUGCAAACUGUUCACUACUAAAGUGCUGAGGGACAUUAUUUCUGUGCAAAAGGAAGUUGUUAUAAAAAGUGCAAACCCACAUGUGCAAUAUUACAAGGGCCCAAAGCCGUCAGUCCAUAGUAACGAAGUUACCUUCGUUAUGUAACAGAGUUAAAAAUGUGUAGACAUAAUUAUUAUUUAUAAAUUACGAUUUAUAAUAGGUUGUGAAUUUAAUUUGCAUGAGAUUGUUUCCUUUUGAUGUUCUUGAGUUAUGUUUCUGGUGGGAACACUUUCCCGUUUCACAUCUUUUUCUAUUUCCUGUAUGUCAUUUCUGCUUUCCCCUCACAUUGAAGUGAGUGCUGCGGAGGGUAAGCUGUGCUGGGAGAGGUGUUACAAAUCAUUGCGGUUCUGUGUGAUGGACCGGCUGUUUGGAUGUGCAGCGUGGAUUCAAGGAGAAUAUUGUUUUUGUUCUCAGCAGCAUGGAGGAGAACAAGGAGACCCCUGGAGCUCAGAAACCGAAAGGAAGAGAGAGACAGUACAGCUGUCAGCAAUGUGACAAAUCCUUUUCAACAUCUGGAACUUUAAAGCGCCACCUGCAUAUUCACAGAGGAGAAAAACCGUACAGCUGUGAAGAAUGUGGGACAACUUUCAGUAGAUCAGAUACUCUCAAAAGCCAUCAACUUAUUCACACUGGAGAAAAGCCUUACAGCUGUGAAAAGUGUGGGAAAACUUUCAGUAGAUCAUAUGCUCUCAAAUCACAUCAACGUAUUCACAGAGGAGAAAAACCGUACAGCUGUGAAGAAUGUGGGACAACUUUCACUAGAUCAGAUACUCUCAAAAGCCAUCAACGUAUUCACACAGGAGAAAAACCGUACAGCUGUGAAGAGUGUGGAAAAACUUUCAAUUCAUCAAGUGAUCUCAAAAUACAUCAACGUAUUCACACAGGAGAAAAACCGUACUGGUGUGAAGAGUGUGGGAAAACUUUCACUUCAUCAAGUGAUCUCAAAAAACAUCAACGGAUUCACAUGGGAGAAAAGCCGUACAGCUGUGAAGAGUGUGGGACAACUUUCACUACAUCAGGUGCUCUCAAAAUACAUCAAAGUAUUCACACAGGAGAAAAACCGUACAGCUGUGAAGAGUGUGGGACAACUUUCAGUAGAUCAGAUACUCUCAAAUCACAUCAACUUAUUCACACAGGAGAAAAACCGUACAGCUGUGAAGAGUGUGGGACAACUUUCAGUAGAUCAGAUGCUCUCAAAUCACAUCAACGUAUUCACACAGGAGAAAAACCGUACAGCUGUGAAGAGUGUGGGACAACUUUCACUACAUCAAGUAAUCUCAAAAUACAUCAACGUAUUCACACAGGAGAAAAGCCAUACAGCUGUGAAGAGUGUGGGAAAACUUUCACUUCAUCAGGUACUCUCCAAUCACAUCACCGUAUUCAUACAGGAGAAAAACCGUACUGGUGUGAAGAGUGUGGGACAACUUUCAGUAGAUCAGAUACUCUCCAAUCACAUCACCGUAUUCAUACAGGAGAAAAACCGUACUGGUGUGAAGAGUGUGGGAAAACUUUCACUACAUCAAGUAAUCUCAAAAAACAUCUUCCUGCUCACACAGGAGAAAAACCAUAGUGGUUUUAAGAGUGUGGGAAAACUAUGAGAGCCAAGCUAGCUGUUUCCUCCUCCUGAUGUCAUGAGAGCUGUAUUUGUAUAGUCUCAUUCAAAUAAAGCUUAUUUCAUUCAAA